UCUGGGCCCAGAACGCUGAGUCCUGGGCCACACAUCCUGGGAGAGCCCGGGCGAUUUGCAUCCAAAAGAGCGCUGGCUUCAUUGAAAUUCUCCUCGCCUGGAGGGAAACAAAACCGGGAAGAAAAGGAAAGUUUCAGUCCUGACCAACUUUUCGCUGUGGAGGAACAUUUUGAGCUGCUAAAAAUAGGGAGGAAACGGCCGCUGUGGGUCACCCAGCACCGCCCCUGCCCCCGCCCCCUCAGCCAGCUCUCCCGUGGGAGACGGGUGCUCUUGGCGGACAUCACGCAGCUCUGCAGCUGGACACGACCGCCACCCAAGGGACCCCAGCAUGCCGGGCUGCCGAGAAGACCCUCAGGAGAUACAGCAGCACAAUGGCAUGGGGACUGGCAGGGACAACUUGGGAGCCAGCUUCCAGACUGACGGACAAACAAUCUCCAGAGAGUCCCUGAGCCAUGGUCUCCAGCUCUCAGCCCCAGAGAAGUCCCAGGAUGUGCAGGUGGACUGUCCAGAGGAGACUCUGUGGACAACCAGGGCCGAUGGGCGGGUCCGCCUGCGCUUGGACCCCAUUUGCUCGCAGACUCCGUACACUGUGCACCGCAUGUUCUACGAAGCCCUGGACAAGUACGGGGACCUCAGCGCACUGGGUUUCAAGCACCAGGACAAAUGGGAGCGCAUCUCCUACUACCAGUACUACCUGAUCGCCCGCAAGGCUGCCAAAGGCUUCCUGAAGCUUGGCCUGGAGCGAGCCCACAGUGUGGCCAUCCUGGGCUUCAAUGCCCCUGAGUGGUUCUUCUCAGCAGUGGGCACUGUGUUUGCAGGUGGCAUUGUCACCGGCAUCUACACCACCAGCUCCCCAGAGGCCUGCCAGUACAUUGCCCAUGACUGCCGGGCCAACAUCAUCGUGGUCGACACACAGAAGCAACUGGAAAAGAUCCUGAAGAUCUGGAAAAACUUGCCAUACCUGAAGGCAGUGGUGAUGUACCGGGAACCUCCUCCCACAAAGAUGGCCAAUGUGUACACGAUGGAGGAGCUCAUGGAGCUGGGACACCGAGUCCCCGAGGAGACUCUGGACAGCAUCAUCGAGGCCCAGACACCCAACCAGUGCUGCGCCUUGGUCUACACAUCGGGCACUACUGGAAACCCCAAGGGUGUGAUGUUGAGCCAAGAUAAUAUCACAUGGACAGCACGAUAUGGCAGCCAGGCGGGUGACAUCCAGCCAGCUGAAGUUCUACAGGAGGUGGUGGUCAGCUACCUGCCCCUCAGCCACAUUGCUGCCCAGAUCUAUGACCUGUGGACGGGCAUCCAGUGGGGGGCCCAGGUGUGCUUUGCAGAGCCUGAUGCCCUGAAGGGGAGCCUGGUGAACACACUGCGUGAGGUGGAGCCCACAUCCCACAUGGGGGUGCCACGCGUGUGGGAGAAGAUCAUGGAGCGCAUCCAGGAGGUAGCUGCUCAAGCUGGGUUUAUCCGGCGCAAGAUGCUGCUGUGGGCCAUGUCAGUGACAUUGGAGCAGAAUCUCACCUGCCCCAGCAGUGACCUGAAGCCCUUCACAGCCAGGCUGGCAGAUUACUUGGUGCUGGCCAGGAUCCGCCAGGCGCUGGGCUUUGCCAAGUGCCAGAAGAACUUCUAUGGAGCAGCCCCUAUGACUGCUGAGACACAGCGCUUCUUCCUGGGCCUCAAUAUCCGCCUGUAUGCAGGCUAUGGCCUCAGCGAAACCACAGGGCCCCACUUCAUGUCCAACCCCUACAACUACCGGCUCUACAGCUCAGGCAAGCUGGUGCCUGGCUGCCUGGUGAAGCUGGUGAACCAAGACAAGGAGGGCAUCGGUGAGAUCUGCCUAUGGGGCCGCACCAUCUUCAUGGGCUAUCUGAACAUGGAGGAUAAGACAUAUGAGGCCAUUGACUCUGAGGGUUGGCUGCACACAGGUGACACAGGCCGUCUGGACCAGGACGGCUUCCUCUACAUCACCGGGCGCCUCAAAGAGCUGAUCAUCACUGCGGGUGGAGAGAAUGUGCCCCCUGUGCCCAUUGAGGAGGCUGUGAAGACGGAGGUGCCCAUCAUCAGCAAUGCCAUGCUGAUCGGUGACCAGAGGAAGUUCUUGUCCAUGCUGCUCACCUUGAAGUGCACGCUGGACCCAGACACCUCUGACCCAACAGAUAACCUGACCGAGCAAGCUGUGGAGUUCUGCCAGAGGGUGGGCAGCAGAGCCAGCACUGUGUCUGAGAUCGUGGGGCAGCGGGACGAGGCUGUGUACCAGGCCAUCGAAGAGGGGAUCCAAAGGGUCAAUGCAAACGCGGCUGCCCGGCCCUACCACAUCCAGAAGUGGGCCAUUCUUGAGAGAGACUUCUCCAUCUCGGGAGGAGAGUUGGGUCCCACCAUGAAACUCAAGCGGCUCACAGUCCUGGAGAAGUACAAAGACAUCAUUGAUUCCUUUUACGAAGAACAAAAGAAGUAGCGGGGGCCGUCCUCAUGCUCCCCAAUGAGUAGAGAAGGUAGCCUUUCCCUGAGGAGGCGUCUCCGAGCUCCAGGCUCUCCCAUGUGGCCACAGGAACUCAGGCAGAACUGACCUCCAGGCCAGGGUUCGGCGGAUGUCUACAACUUGAAGAAGCUCCAAAUGCAAGUAGUUUAAAUUCUGCUUAAGAGUUCAGGUGAUGAAAUCAACUCUCCUUUCACAACUAAAGGGUUGAUACUGCUGCGACCUAAGUCCAGGGAGACCUAACAAGCCAUAGCUCAACAGCUCAACAGAGGCCAUGGUGGGGUGGGGGUGGGGGUCGUAUUACUAGUGUGCUGCAGUUAAAGCCAUCUAGAUCACUUACCAGACUUACUCUGGAAUCUUCUUGGACACUGCCUAAAACUGCUGCCGCCAUGUGACUGUAUUUAAUGUGUAAUAAUGGAUAUUAAACUUUUAACAAAACUGUUAACAAGUACCUGGUUUUUUUGUCAGUUGAACAAGCCGGGCACAGAGCAGUGAGUGUUUAACCCGUGGGAUUCUGUGAUAGGCACAAAUUACCAUUUGCACACUAUUAGUGGCAGGCAGGAUGGUCAGUGGAGCAAUCUAGUAACCAGAGCCACUCUGGCAUCAGUGCAUUACCACCAGGCCACACAUCUACUCUGCGCACUCUAGCGGUCAUUCUUAGAAAUAAGCUGAGCCGAAAUGCCCCAAGGCACCUGAGCUGGAAAGGCAGAAGGCACACAUCUUGGUUGUUUUGGAAUUCUUUAUUUCUAUGAACCAAGAGCCACUGGUAAUUAGCACAAUCCAAAAAAACAAAGGAAGCAGCAGCAUAAACAAAAUAAAAUACAGGUAAGGAGUGCUGGUCUGGUUACAAGCUUUAAAAAUGACCCAGUCAAGGACAUCCAUUGUUAAGAAAUCCCCUUGUGAUCUGGGGACAUUAUGCAAAGCCACAGGUUUGCAAACUGAUGGGGGCCAAGUGCAGUUGCAUUCACUGCUGCCAGGGAGACAGCACGGGGAGAAGGGAGUUGAAGGUCACAGGCUGACAAGACCAGGCUGCGG